CUUUGAUUCUGUAUUACAAUUACAACGGAAUCAAAAGUUAGUCAAUGAGUUGUUGAAGUUAUUCAAUAAACACACAAACAAAUAAAUGCAUACACAAAAAGUAAUCGCUCGAAUUAUCGUUGAUUUCUAAAUAGGAAAAACGCUUGAUUUUCAACAUUGGCUAUAUAAUAACAUCAAAACAUUAGAAUAUUUAGAACAUAUUCUAAACCUAUUUUUCUACUCCUAAAACUUUAACUUAUUAUGGACUUGGAAGAUGAAGAAUAUCAUUAUUCCAAGUUAAAAACUAAAGGAAAAAAUGAAACCUAUUUACCGAAAUUAGAGAUUUUGGAACUCAAACCUAGAACACGUCGUCAGGGCAAAUGUGUCGGAGCUGCUUUAGAACUUUGUGAUUUGAUAGAUCAUAUUCCCACAAUGGAUAAUGAACCUGAUACCCCGUAUUUCAUCAGCAAUGAUAUAUGGUUUCAUUUAGCCAAUUACAUUGCACCCGAAGAUGUGCAACGUUACUCUUUGAUAUGCAGUCAAAGUGCUAAUAGUGUAAAUUCCUGCAGAUUUUGGUUACAAAUGUAUCGUCGCUACUGUCAACAAACAACAAAUAAAAAUAGUAAGAAAUGGAAUUUGCAAUUACCGGAAUAUUUGCAAAUGGACCAUAUGAAAGGUUGCGAUAGGAAUACCCUGCGGCAAAGAGUUGUACAGGCUUUAUAUCUCUGUUACUCUCCAUUUAAGGAACGUUUAAAAACACGUUAUCCCCUGGAAACAUUAGUUGGUAGAACGUAUAUUUCUUCCUGGCAUAAACAAGUUCAAUGUGUUUGGAUUAUGUGCUAUAAAUUUAAACUAAACUUUCCCUUAACAACAACAAAUGGAAAUACUACUGAAAUAGAAAAUAAAGAAAAUGCCCCGGAUUCAGCACAAGUUGUCAACGAUUGGGAAUGUCUAGCUGACGAUAGCAAUAAUAAUUUGUGUAAUAUUAAAAAUUCCAAUACUGCCAGCAUGUCUUCUUCCUCCAACACAACUAAUGAACUUGAUGGCAUUAGUCUUUUAGUUAUAUGCUGUGAUCGUUUUAUUCCAUUUCCUUCGGACAUUGUUUACAAUCAUGCUACUAGUCCAUUUCGUUUGGCUGCCAGUCGGGAAUUGCUCUCCACAGAUAUGAGAUCAAUAAAUUUGGAAUUGGAUUUUAUCUCGGGUACACGCGAUCAAACUAUAACUGUAAAAUAUACAAAAAUACAAAAGUUUAAAGUACUCCCAUGGUGGCAUCCAGAUUUUAGAAUAUUAAAUAAAUGUGCAUAAGUUUUACAAUUGAACAAUGUUAUUUUAAGUACUAACUGUUUUAUUAGUUUUAUAAUUUGUGUGUUACUUUUGAAUUGCGGCUAAUAAGAAAAUUACAAUUAUCGAAUAUUUUUAAUAUUUAA